AUGACCCCCGUAGCCACCAAGAGAAGGAGAUCUUCGUCUGUUUUCUUUGUUGGAUCUGCCACUCUUGUCAUUGCCUUGCUCGUUUGGCAGAGCAUUAUUUCAAGACCCAAGCUGCUGCCAUCCACAACAAGAGCAUUAUUGUUACAGAUACAGCAGCAUCAACCAAAACAAAACGCGUUAUUAUCGGAGGAGGACUUGCUGUGCCAAACCUUGCACAAGGCGGCACUCACUCGUCACAGCAGCAGCAGCAGCAGCAGCAGCAGCAGCAGCAGCAGCAGCAGCGCACCGUUGACGGCAGUUCAUGGCUUUGUGUGCAAUUUGGGUCACUUGCCGCUCUUGCAGAAUUCCCUCGCAUCGAUUCAACGACUGCGAGAACCGUGGAUUUCCAUUGUCUUUGCGCUCAACGAGGAAGUAUGUACUGAAAUUGCCGACAACGUCAAAAAGAAUGCUCCUGUCUGUAUUCCCCACUAUGCCGACCGAGUGCUCGAUCUCAUGAAACAGUACGAACCACGAUCGUACGAAGCCUACGAACAGGUCAAACGAGACAAGAAUGCCUCCAUUGCCGAGUCGGCCAGGUUCAACUCGGAAAUGUACAAGAUACUCAUCAAUGCCAAAUUAUACGCUCUUCGGGAUAUCAUUCAUUGUGGCAUGGAUGCCUUUAUCACGGACGUCGAUGUGGCUUUUCUACAAGAUCCAUGGCCCUAUUUUGCCACAUCUUCUUCUGCCAAAGACAACAACCAUAUGAUUAUUGCCCAGAAUGACACCAAUCCUACACAGUUCCGACUCAACAUUAACUCUGGAUUCAUGUAUUGGAGGCACAACCAUCCUCACAGUCGCAAUCUCACUCACACACUCAUUUCCGACAUGGUCUGGUGGCAGAUUGAUCAAGCCCGAGUAAAUCGGUUACUCUUCGAUCGGAAAAUACCCGUCUCCCUUUUGCCCACACGACAAUUUCCCAAUGGUAACGUGUUGCAAAAACACAACACGACCAACCAAGCCGUGGCCGUUCAUGCCAACUGGAAUGCUCAUUUUGAGGAAAAGAAGAACGUACUCCAAGCACACAACCUGUGGUUUUUGGAGUAGCAGUAAGACGAGUAGCAAUAUUCCGUUGGUGGUGGAAGAACGACAGUUACGGUCUGGCUAUGGACAACAACUCGUCGGAAGGAUCAACAACACUAGCUAGCAAGGCCGCUUGGACAGACAGUGCCAUGAUCGCCUUUCAAACGCAACGAUGCUCAAUCAACUUGGUAGGGGCUUCGGGGAGAGGGCCUCGACUCGACCCAGUCGGGCACUACUUCAGUUGCAUGCCUUCUGCGUUCUCUCUCUCUCUCUCUGAUCAUUGCCCGUGAUGCGGAGGAUCAUUCUUUUCAUCUGGGGGCAACGAGCGCAUUGACAAACGCUGCUUCUGCCAACGACGACUUUUCAACUCGCUAUGUGUGGUUGUGUACAAAGAAGCAGACACGAUGGAGAUGGUAGCUACCAGGUCCAUCACCUCUUCUGUUCGGGUGGAGAGAAUCCUCGAUCGUGGAGGCACGCACUGAUGCCAGAAACUGUUUUGAGUGCUCGCUGCGUCGCCAUAAAGGAAGGGGCGUCGCGUAAAAUUGUAGACAAGGCCCAACACUACUAGCACAGUCUCGUACUUCAUCCGAAUGGCAUGAGCAUUAUCUCCAUUCUCCUUGCCCGUGAUGCGGAGGACAGUCAGUAUUCUUCAUCUAUCUAUCUAUCUUAGGGCAACAAGGCAUUGGCAAACUCUGAGGUGACUUCCAAGUCGUAGUUGUACUAAGAAGCAGACAUGAUGGGAUAGCAGCUCGCCUCUUCUUGGGGUGGGAGAGGAUCCUCGAUCGUAAAGGCACUUGUACCAGAAACUGUUUUGAGUGAUCGUUGCUAGCUAGCUACAUGUAUUACUAUUGAUAAUAGCUAGUUUGGUCGCCAUAAAAUUUGGAAGGGGGCAUUGCAUAAUUAC